UAACUUUUUUUUUUUUAAUUUCCAGGGGCCUUCCAGGGAUCUAUGCAACAAUAUUCACACCAGCAGCAUCCAUAUCAACAACAACAGCAGCAGCAGCAACGAUUUAUGAACUGUUUUCCAGGAAAUGAUAAGAGUAACUUCACACAGCAUCCUUUACAACUGCAUUCUCAGGCACACUCGUACAAUAAUCAGAAUCAUGAGAGUUACAAUAAUUACCACCAUCUUCACAAUAACUUCCAUAAUAAUCACUUUCAACAACAACAGCAACAGCAGCAGCAGCAACAGCAGCAACAACAACAACAGCAAAGUUUUUACCAUAGCCGUAACCAAGACGGAAGAUAUAUAACUCAUAAUGGCUAUGACCAAGGUAGACAUGGCAAUGGUUUUGAUCGUAGAAAUAUUGAAAGAAGAUCUUAUGAGCAAAACAGAGGUUUUGACCAGGGCAAAAAUCAAUAUGAUCGGCUUGGCAACCCUAGAGAAGACUAUUCAUUACACCCAGGACGAAUUCGUCGGGACAGUGAAGCUGAGUGGGAGGAGUGGCAUCGUGUCCGGGAGCAAGAUGAAUAUUGUGGACUUAUGACUCCACGGGAGAAGGGGUGGCUGAAGUAUAUCCAAGCUAUGCAGUUACAUUCAGAGAGUCCUUAUCAAGAUGAUUAUUAUUAUGUGCAGGUAUAGGCUGGAGAGGUGCAG